GUGAAACUCGGCCACACCCAUUUUCCAACGUAAAUUUAAAUGAUUAGCUAUAGAUCUGUCAAUUGUCAAUCUUCUCAAAACUGUUAUGUAAACUUUUACGAGCACUGAAUCGAAGAUAAUUCAAAAAUAUGGCAAAAUUCUUCGGCAUAGACCGAUUUUUCCAAUUUCUAAACACCAUAAAAGAGACUGGCGGUAUCAGAGCCUCUCUGUACAAACUUUAUAGGAUGGAUAACUUGCGUCCUGGUACUCUAGUAGGAACUGACAAAUACGGCAACAAGUACUAUGAGAACCCGCACUAUUUUUACGGCCGAAAUAGAUGGGUGGAAUACGCAGAGAAGUACGGAUUGGACUAUGAUGCGAGUCAAGUUCCUGCGGAAUGGUAUGGAUGGCUGCAUUACAAAACUGACUUGACUCCAGAUAAGGAUCCCUCUAGGCCGCAUUAUAAGUGGAUGGCUGACCAUACUGAGAAUCUGAGUGGUACUCCAGGGCAGUUCAUGCCUUAUAGUACUACUAGACCAAAGAUUGAGCCUUGGAUCCCACCCAAAGCAUAAUUCAGUAAAAGUUGUUGAAUAGAAUUUUUAAUUUCAUGUUGUGGUUUUUAAAACCUUCAUUUGAAAAUAGUUAGGAUAAAGAAUAAAGUGCAUAGAUAAAAAUAAAUUCCAAUAAGUUUUGUCUAAAGUUUUUUUAAACAUACAAAAUGUGUCUUCAUAACUCUGUGCUACAGACUUGUUGCUACUCUAAUAAAAAUAAUUUUUGAACCCUUU